CCUACCGUCCCGCCCCGUCCGGUCCUGUCUCCCUCCCGCAGCGGCGGCCGGCCGGCCGCGGAGAUGAGGUGCCCCCGCUGCGGGAGAGGUGGGCCGUGCCGCGCCUGAAGCGCUCGUACCCCUUCCCUCGCCCCGGCAUGGAGGAGAAGUACAGCGGGCAGGCGUUGGCCGGCGGCGGCGUGCUGGGGCCCGUGGACGUGCCCAGCGCCCGGCUGACCCGGUACAUUGUGCUGCUGUGCUUCACCAAGUUUUUGAAAGCCGUGGGGCUGUUUGAAUCUUAUGACCUUCUAAAAGCAGUCCACCUCGUGCAGUUUAUCUUUAUAGUGCAGCUGGGGUCUGCAUUUUUUAUGGUUUUGUUUCAAAAACCAUUUUCUUCUGGAAAAGUGGUAACCAAGCGUCAGUGGAUCAAAAUUUUUAAACAUGCUGUUGUGGGAUGUAUCAUUUCACUCUUGUGGUUUUUUGGCCUCACUCUUUGUGGACCACUGAGGACAUUGUUGCUGUUUGAGCACAGCGAUGUGGUUGUGGUAUCACUCCUUAGUGUCUUGUUCACAAACUCAGGUGGAGGACCAGCAAAGACAAGAGGUGCUGCAUUUUUCAUCAUAGCUGUCAUCUGCUUACUACUUUUUGAUAAUGAUGACCUCAUGGCUAAAAUAGCAGAACACCCUGAGGGGCAUCAUGACAGUGCUCUUACCCAUGUUCUGUAUACAAUCAUUGCUUUCCUGGGUGUUGCAGAUCACAAGGGAGGAGUACUGCUUCUGGUACUCGCAUUGUGCUGUAAGGUUGGUUUUCAUAUGGCUUCCCGAAAACUAUCUGUAGAUGUAGGUGGAGCCAAGCGUCUUCAAGCUUUGUCUCAUCUUGUUUCCGUCCUUCUCUUGUGCCCAUGGGUCAUUGUUCUCUCUCUGACAACAGAGAGUAAAGUAGAGUCUUGGUCUUCUCUCAUCAUGCCAUUCAUAACGGUCAUCUUUUUUGUUGUGAUCCUGGAUUUCUACGUGGAGUCCAUAUGCUCUGUCAAAAUGGAAGCUUCCACAUGUGCUCGAUAUGGAUCCUUUCUUAUUUUCAUUAGUGCACUGCUUUUUGGCAACUUUUGGACACAUCCAAUAACAGACCAGCUUCGAGCUAUGAACAAACCACCACACCAUGAAAGCACAGAGCACGUUCUUUCUGGAGGGGUGGUAGUGAGUUCUGUCUUCUUCAUUUUAUCUGCCAAUAUCCUGUCCUCCCCCUCCAGGAAAGGGCAGAAGGGUACCCUUAUCGGCUAUUCCCCUGAAGGCACUCCUCUCUAUAACUUCAUGGGUGACGCAUUACAGCAGAGCUCUCAGUCGUUACCCCGGUUUAUUAAGGAGUCACUGAAACAAAUACUUGAGGAGUAUGAUUCUAGGCAGAUCUUCUAUUUCUUGUGCCUGAAUCUGGCUUUCACUUUUGUGGAGCUUUUUUAUGGAGUAUGGACAAAUAGUCUUGGUCUUAUUUCUGAUGGAUUUCACAUGCUUUUUGAUUGUUCUGCAUUAGUGAUGGGGCUUUUUGCAGCUCUGAUGACAAGAUGGAAAGCAACUCGCAUAUUUUCCUAUGGGUAUGGACGUGUAGAAAUUCUCUCUGGAUUUAUUAAUGGCCUCUUUCUGAUGGUAAUUGCUUUCUUUGUCUUCAUGGAAUCAGUGGCCAGACUAGUGGAUCCUCCAGACAUAGAUACAAAUAUGCUAACUCCAGUCUCUGUUGGAGGGCUGAUCGUAAACCUCGUCGGUAUCUGUGCCUUUAGCCACGCGCACUCCCACGGGGCUUCUCGGGGAGGUUGUCAUGCACACGAUCACAGCCAUUCUCACCACGGGCACAGCCACGGCCAUGGGCAUGGCCAUUCCCACAGUGACCAUGGGCACAGCCAUGGACAUUCCCACGGGUCUUCCGGAGGCAUGAAUACCAACAUGAGAGGUGUGUUUCUGCAUGUGUUAGCAGACACUCUUGGCAGUGUUGGUGUUAUCGUAUCCACGAUAUUUAUUCAGCAAUUUGGAUGGCUCAUAGCUGAUCCACUCUGCUCUCUUUUUAUUGCUACGUUGAUUUUUCUUAGUGUUAUCCCACUGUUGAAAGAUGCCUGUCAAGUGCUUUUGCUGAGGAUACCUCCAGAUCAGGAGAAGGAUCUGCAUGCUGCUUUAGAAAAGAUUCAGAAAAUAGAGGGAGUCAUAUCCUACAGAGAUCCUCAUUUUUGGUGUCACUCUGCAAGUGUUGUGGCAGGUACAAUACAUGUGCAAGUGGUAUCGGAUGUGAUGGAACAGAGAAUUGUACAGCAGGUUACAGCGAUACUGAAAGAUGCUGGUGUAAACAACCUAACUGUCCAAGUGGAGAAGGAAGCUUAUUUCCAACACAUGUCUGGACUCAGUACAGGAUUUCAGGAUGUCCUCGCAAUGACUCAGCAAAUAGAAUCCAUGAAAUACUACAAAGAUGGUACUUAUAUCAUGUGAUACAAAGUUGUGUUAGCCAAAGGAAGCGUAAAUGGUGAAGCUGUAGGUAGGAUUCCAUAUGCGUAUUACUUUUUGUAAGGAGAUCUUGCACAUACAUGUACAGAAACAAAUGUACUAUAUAUUUUAAUUUUUUUAAGCAUACUAUCUUUAUUAAAAUUGCAUCAAGAUGCUUUCAUUAAGGAAAUAAGAUGGACUUAAUAUUUGCUGUAUAUGUGAAAAUAAUGGAAACCUUAAAUGCUGUACUUGGUGUUUAUUAAACAGAAGUCUUGCAACUUGUGGAUGAGCAUGGAUGUAUUCCAUACUUUCUUUUAAGUAUGGAACAUCAUGAUUAUAAAUUCAUGUUAGCAGUGGGAAAUGGAAAUACUUUAUAUUGAAAUGCAAACAUACUCAACUAAAAAUAUUUUUCUUUCUUUCAAACAUAGCUUGAAGACUCUUUGAAUGAAAAAAAUUGCACAUUUAUGGGCAGUAAAAACAUGAAGUCAUGGGGGUUUUUUAUACUAACAGGAAUAUACAGUUUUUAUAUUAUGUCUCAGCAUGCAAAUCUGAUUUCUAAACUUAAUGCAUCAGAGCAAACAGAUGUUACCAUUUUAAAUUUAUAUUGUUAUUUUUUUAAGGAGAGAAAUCCACAGGUUAACAGUGAGAAAUUGGGAGGGGAAAAAAUUGCAGACACUUUUCUGUUUCCUGGGAAGACUUGGAAUCAAAAAAACACUCUGUGAAAUAUUUUUUUGUACUUUUUGUAUGAAUAACUGCAAAUGCAAUAGUUUGAAGCUUAAAGUGAUUCAUCAGUGAGCAUCCUAGCGCUUCCCUAAACUUCACCUCUUCAAGAUCUGUUAUUCUGUCAUUUACUUGAUUUUUUUUUUUUUCAUAAUACCAUAACACAUUUGCAGGUAUACUGUAGCCAACUAUACCUUUGUGUAUUACCCAAGGAAGCAGUGCUGGUUUAGAAUUAUAAAUUGUGCUGGUAGUCUGGGACUUGGCAAGCUGCUGAAACGAACUGUAAAUCAAGACUUCUUGACUGGAAAGAGAAAACGUGUGUUUAAGAAAGAAUUAUGCAUGUUGGGGUCUUACUACAGCAAAGAAAACAAAUCUCUGUCUUUAGUGAAAACCUGUCAACAGAGUAAUAAUGUAUGUCUUCAGAGGUAGUUAUCCUUACAUGUGUUUAUAGUCUUCUGUGCACCCUUUUCUCCCUGUCUGAAGGCCUUAAAUAUUUUCCUUGGAAUUCGGCAAGUCAGUUCAAUGGUUAGCAAGAAUGAGUACAUCUUUCAUCGUUCCGUGUAUCACAGCAGUCUUACUUUGUUAUGAUGUUUUCUUGUUCUGGUAUUUAGGCUCAGGACCUGAACAUUAUUAUAAACACUGGGCUUGAUGUGAGUGGAAUUUGAGGGUAGAGUGAUGUAGAAACUACAUGAUAAGAUAAGAUUCACCAGCAAUGCAGUUUGAAAUGCCCUUGAGCAAUUCUGCUUCUCUUGUGAUCGGACUGUUUAUAUAAACUGUCUAGUUUAUUUUGUAACUGUUAAAAAAGUUUGCAUUCCAUUCUCUUCCUCCGGUACUGUGUUAAAACACUAAAUGCAGUACAAGACUGACUUGAAAAACUGGUCAGAAAGUUUCUAGAAGUUGUAUUGCUUUUACAGAGAGUGAUGAAGAUUGACUGCACUAAUCACAGUCCCUCAUUUCUCAGGAUAGUGCUGCAGAACCAGACGAGUUCUCAAAACUCGAUCCUAUUUUCUUCCAAUUUAUGCCUUUGGCAGUGGUUUUCUUACCUUGCCUCCUCCAGAAGGCUCAGGUCAGUUGAAUAACAGUGCUACAAUUACACUCGGCCUAUAAGCAGGUUGAUCUUUUGUUUCUGAAAACCAUUUUCAAAAGCUUCAGUUAAUAUUGACACGUGCCACUCAUGUUUGAGGUGAUUUUACUGGACAGCAUGUCACCAAACUGAGCAAUAGCCCCAUCGUGAUAGGCAGAUGAAAGGGGGGCGCUUCUUUCUUUUUAAAUCACGUUAGCUUAACAUAAUUGAAAAGCCUUCCUGCAUGCCACAGCUUUCUCUGAGCAAAUGCCGAUUCCUGCUUCAGCUGCUAGCAACAGGACCUGAAACCAAUCAAGGCGGCUGGGACCAGGUUAGAUGAUCAUGGCAGUGAAGAUGAGCUCAUAGCUGGAUACUUCACAGCCAAGUGCAAACCUACACCUUAACAGGCAUUUGGCAGCUUUUUGCGUGUGACCCAAGGCACACGCAUGGUGUUUUUCCUGGCUACCCUGACAGGGAGACAAUGGCAAUAAAUAAAUGUGUAUCUUAAAUGCGCUUAACUAGAGCCCGUAUCUGGCAAUAAUCCUCCAAAGACGGGUUCGGCCUUCCCCCACACGAGAUCUGUUAGAACUGUGCUGUAAGGGCAGGUUUUCAAGUCGCAGGUACAGGCCAACUGAGUUGUAUUUUGAUGAAUACUGUGGUGGGGGAGUUUUAAGUCAUUUGAUUUGUACGCAGGCAUCUGCAACAAAACUCUUUCAAAGAUUUAAAGCAAACUGCAGCUAUGUAUUGUAUAUCCAGCAGCAAGCAAUAUAUGUGUAUAUAUAAUAAUGAAAAAAUAAAUGCAUUUUUCAAUAACA